CAUUUGUCUAAUGCACAUUUUUUUUUUUCAAAAAGAUAUCACGAAAAAGAAGUCUUUUUCCUAUAAAUCACCAAACAACACUUUGCCCAAACCAGAAAAAUAAAAAUAAAAAUAAUUUUUUUUUUCAAUCUUAGUUUUCAUCAAAUUAUUUUUUUAGAUCUAUUUUACUUCAAUUUAUUAGUUACUACAGUCUUAUAUAUGUGUUUUUGUGUGUGUUUAUUUUUUCCUUUACACGGUGAUGUUAGGGCCAGCUUUUGGAUAUCACAAAUUAUUUUGGGAAAUCGAAAUAGAUUUGAUUUUGAAAAUUGAGGAAAAAAGGGGAAUUUGUUUUUACCUUUUUUAGGUUUUUUUUUUUGGAAUUGUUGAAUUGUUGUUAUGAGUACUGCGGAAGCAUUAUCUGUGAUACCAGCCGCUGUUCUUCGUAAUCUGUCUGAUAAACUGUAUGAGAAGCGCAAGAAUGCUGCUUUAGAGUUGGAAGGGAUUGUUAAGCAUUUGACAUCUACGGGUGAUCACGACAAGAUCAAUGCUGUUAUCAGUUUGUUGUCUCAGGAGUAUACGUACUCACCUCAGGCACAUAACCGGAAAAAUAGCACCAAACACUAUUCUCAUGCUCUAUUUAACAUCAUAUAUGAUUAUCAUUUGGGAGGUCUGAUAGGACUGGCUGCAGUAACUGUUGGUUUGACUACAGAAGCAGCACAACACCUUGAGCAAAUUGUCCCACCAGUCUUACACUCUUUUUCACACCAAGACAGCAGAGUUCGUUAUUAUGCCUGUGAAGCUUUGUAUAACAUAGCAAAGGUUGUAAGAGGAGAUUUCAUCGUAUUCUUCAAUCAGAUCUUUGAUGCUUUGUGUAAGCUUUCAGCAGAUUCAGAUGCCAAUGUGCAAAGUGCUGCUCAUCUUUUAGAUAGACUUGUGAAGGAUAUUGUCACAGAGAGUGAGCAUUUCAGCAUUGAAGAAUUUAUUCCUUUGCUGAGAGAACGAAUGAAUGUCCUCAAUCCUCAUGUCCGCCAAUUUCUUGUUGGGUGGAUCACAGUUUUAGACAGUGUUCCGGAUAUUGAUAUGCUCGGUUUUCUUCCUGAUUUUCUUGAUGGAUUAUUUAAUAUGUUGAGUGAUUCUAGCCAUGAAAUACGGCAACAGGCUGAUUCUGCACUUUCAGAGUUUUUACAAGAGAUUAAGAAUUCUCCAUCUGUAGAUUAUGGCCGCAUGGCUGAAAUACUAGUGCAAAGGGCAGGCUCACCGGAUGAAUUUACUAGGCUGACUUCUAUCACUUGGAUAAAUGAAUUUGUGAAACUUGGUGGAGAUCAACUCGUCCCUUAUUAUGCUGACAUUCUGGGAGCAAUAUUGCCUUGUAUAUCUGAUAAAGAAGAAAAAAUAAGAGUUGUUUCUCGUGAAACAAACGACGAACUUCGUGCAAUUGAGGCUGAUCCAGCUGAGGGGUUUGAUGUAGGAGCAAUCCUCUCUGUUGCAAGGAGGCAGUUGUCUAGUGAAUGGGAGGCAACACGUAUUGAAGCAUUACAUUGGAUGUGGACUCUGCUUAAUGGACAUCGAUCAGAGGUCUUGGUUUUUCUGAAUGAUGUCUUUGACACUCUCCUAAGGGCGCUAUCAGAUCCCUCUGAUGAGGUAGUGCUCUUGGUGCUCGAGGUGCACGCGUGCAUAGCCGAAGAUCCACAACACUUCCGCCAGCUAGUUGUUUUCCUAGUUCACAGUUUUCAGCAUGAUCACUCACUCCUGGAGAAACGUGGAGCUUUGAUAAUUCGACGGCUGUGUGUACUUCUAAAUGCUGAAAGAGUUUACCGUGAACUGUCCACAAUACUUGAAGGAGAAUCAGAUUUGGACUUUGCAUCUGUGAUGGUCCAGGCUUUAAACUUGAUUUUGCUUACUUCACCUGAGUUGUCUGACCUUCGGGAUCAUCUUAAACAAUCACUGGUCAAAGAUGCUGGGAGAGACUUAUUUCUUUCUUUGUAUGCAUCUUGGUGCCAUUCACCAAUGGCAAUGAUAAGCCUCUGCCUAUUAGCUCAGACAUAUCAGCAUGCAAGUUCUGUUAUUCAGUCUUUGGUUGAAGAGGAUAUCAAUGUGAAGUUUUUAGUGCAACUACAUAAGUUGAUCCACCUUCUGGAGACUCCAACCUUUGCUUACCUUAGGCUCCAGCUUCUUGAACCUGGAAGAUACAUAUGGUUGUUAAAAGCACUAUAUGGACUGUUGAUGCUGUUACCGCAGCAAAGUGCAGCGUUCAAGAUUCUUCGUACUCGGUUAAAAACUGUUCCUUCAUACUCCUUCAAGGAAGAGAAAGUUGCACGAACAUCUUCUGGGAUUCCUUUUUUUAAUGGUGGAGGUGGAUCACAAAUUUCCGAGGAUGGCAACCCAAAUGAGAAUUCACAUGAUAUGCAUAACGGAAUAAACUUUGCUUCUAGGCUGAAGCAUUUUAAGCAAAUUCAACAGGAGCAUCGUUUGCAUUCAAAGUCACAGAUUUAUUCACGAUUUAGUUCUGCCUCAUCAACGAAGGAGUUGUGAAGACCAGAAGAACCAAAGCAAUCAGCUGCAACAACAGACUUGAACAGGCCGUCUUCAACAUCAUCGCGUUGAGACCCCAGUACAGUUGCAACUCUGAUUGUUUUCCCUUGCUCCUCAUCAAUGUUUCUGAUGCAGCAAUCUUGAUGUGCUUUCUUUUUCUUUUCUGAAAGCAUAGUCAAGCUUAGCUAAGUUGUAAAUUGUAUAUUUUAGUUAUUUGUUUUGUCAAAAUUCACAGUUGGAAAAAGUGGAGAAGGGGGUAUAACCUUUAGCUUGGAUAUUCCAAAGCUUUUUAUAAAUUUCUUUGAAGAUACUUCAAAGGUAAAA